GCGGAAGGUGGCGAAUCGUUGCUGCCUUCUCUCUUUCUCCCUGAUUUAUUUUAAAAGCCGAAAUCUCGCUUUCCCUUUUGAGUUUGAAUCCAAGGAGGAGGGAGAAAAUUUUUUGGCCCGGGAAUCUCGAUCCAUGGCCUGCUGAUUUCUCUCUUUAGAAAUGUAAAAGAAAAACUGCGGGUCGAAGCAGUCGCGUCGCCGACGAGUCCUGUUCGGAGUCCAUCAUCGUCUUCUUCUUGUCGGUGGAUUUUUUUUGGACUGACUCUACGUGAUCUUCGUUGAUUGGUUUUUUCGUGAUGAUGGUGGAGAUGUUUUUGGGGCAUUUUCAUGUUAUCUACGUCUGUUGGCCGCUUCGAGUUAUUUAGGCUCUAAGUCACUUCUUUACGCCAAAUGGGUUGCUUCCAAUCAACGGUUAGGAGACAAUUUCCAGGAUAUGAAGACCCCACGGUUCUGGCGGCACAAACAGCUUUCAGUGUUAGUGAAGUGGAGGCUCUUUUUGAGCUGUUUAAGAGUAUCAGUAGUUCUGUUGUUGAUGAUGGAUUAAUAAACAAGGAAGAGCUCCAUUUAGCUCUCUUCAAGAACAGAAAGAAGGAGAACCUAUUUGCAAACCGGAUCUUUGACCUGUUUGACGUGAAGCAGAAGGGGCUCAUUGAUUUUGGUGACUUUGUUCGCUCUCUCAGUGUCUUUCACCCAAAUGCAUCAGAACAGGAUAAGAUAGACUUUUCAUUUAGACUUUAUGAUUUGGAUGGUAGUGGCUUCAUCGAGCGGCAAGAGGUUAAGCGAAUGUUGAUUGCCCUUCUAUGUGAAUCAGAAAUGCGAUUAUCUGAUGAGACAAUUGAAGUAAUACUUGACAAGACAUUUUUGGAAGCUGAUGUCAACCAAGAUGGGAAGAUUGAUAAAUGUGAGUGGCAGAACUUUGUCUCUCGGAACCCAUCACUGAUGAAAAUCAUGAAUCUUCCUUACCUCAAGGAUAUAACCACUACCUUUCCAAAUUUUGUGUUCAAUUCUGAAGUUGAUGAAAUUGCAACAUGAGUAUUAUGCAAAAGCUACUUUCAAGUGUAUACUCUUAUUUUUUUCCCCCUUUUCACAAAAGAGAGAAUGGCUUGGAGGGAGUGAGAGAGAGGGAGGGAAAAGUUUUCCGAUUUAUUGAUUCGUAAUAUUUUGUGAUUCUGGGUGGCAAGUGAUUGUAUUCUGUAACAAGAUUGUCAAGGGUUCUGUAAUUGAUCAGUUCUUAUUGUAAAUGUUUUUAGAAGUUCAGUGUGUUCAAACCAUGGCCAUGAAGAUGAAAGUUUCUGAACUACAUCCGCCCAAGCCUUUGUUCUCUUGGAUUACUUGAAGAUGUACCCUGUGCUACUUGCCCACAAGGACUCUUAAUAUCUGGCUGAUGAAGCUUCCAACUUAAAGCGGCCUAUUCUUAGAUACCUUCGAUGUGUUUGCCAUGACAUGGAAGCAGUAGAAAGAGUUCUCACAGAAGGGGAAUGGGUACUUGGGGUUUUGCAGUGUAGGACAACCAUAACUGGAUGUGGUAAAUAUGGAGCCUAUUGCCUGCUCCUAUGAUGCUAAAACCGUGUAAAAAACAUGUUCAGUCUGGAAAAUUUUCUUUUAACUAGUUUUGAUGUAUAGGCUUCUAUGAUUUUUUUUUUUCAGGCGUGUUGUUCCCAAUCUCCCCUCCGCCUGUUUUCCUUUUUUCAGCUACCUUCAUGCUACAAGCAUUGUUGAUCCGACUGAUUGAAGUCUUCUUCU